AGGGACAGCUGGCGUAAGUGAAAACAACAGAAGCCAUGCCACAGAAGGUUUUGUUGUCCAGUUUUGGGAUUUUUGGGACAGUCUUCAGCUGACAGGUGGAUGCAUUCUUUCUUCGAGCCUUUGAACCAGCUGGACAUGGUGCUAUAGCAUCUCUGAACCGGCAUGCUCAGUCUUCCAAAAGCUCAAAGAGUACGCCCAUCGCUUUCCUCACUCUCUCUCCAUCUCUCACUCUCACACAUACAUACACACACACCCCAACGCACGCCAGCUCUCCCACUUUCACACACACACACACACGCACGUGCUCAGAGUCACACACGCACAGUGUUGUCAAAAGCGCCGCUGCUGGACCUUAGCCAUCUCGCGAAGGAGGUUCCGGCAGAGGCAAGAGAGAGCCAGAGUGAGACAAAGGAGAGGAGGACGGUAGAAGGCGAGGAACGAAUAGGAGAGAAGAGGACCGGCUUGAGGAAGGAGAGACACAGCGCUUUGUGAAGAAGAGAAAGCGAGGAACGGGAGGAGGGAGGAGUGGAAAGGAGGAACAAAAAGAGGAGGGGGAACAGGAAACGCAAUCACUUUCAGCUGCAGCCGUCCGUGUCGCAGCAUGGGCAAUGCACCAUCCCAAGCCAACGCUGGGGCCUGUUAUCCUAAGCAAGAUCCCGAGCGUGGUGGCAGUCACAUGAUCUCCACAGAUGACCUGGAGUAUCCACGAGAGUACAGGACGCUGGGGAACAGCGGGCGGCGUUUCUCCAAUGUCGGCUUGGUGCACACAUCUGAGCACCGCCACACUGUCAGUGCCGCACAAAGUCUGGAGGCCCUGACCAACCUGCAUAAGGCUGACAUGGAACGGAAGAGGGACGCCUUCAUGGAUCACCUGAAGAGUAAAUACCAACAGCAACAGCAGCAGCAGCAGCAGCAGCAGCAGCAGCUGCAGCAUCCGCACCACAGCCCCCACCACAACCCACCAUCACCCUCACCAUCCCACGCCAGCAUGAGGGGCUCUUCAGAUCGAUCUGCUAGAGAACAGCAACAACCCAACUACUGGAGCUUUAAGAGUCGCAGUCCACGCCAUUCCCAGUCUACCCAGUCUGGGCUUGCGGACCAGGCUGCUAAGCUUUCCUUUGCCUCCGCCGAAUCCCUGGAGACAAUGUCAGAAGCAGACAUGCCCCUCGGGUUCAACCGAAUGAACCGAUUCCGCCAGAGCCUGCCGCUGUCUCGUUCUGCCAGCCAGAAUAAGCUAAGAUCUCCAGAUGAAUUUUCAGGCGUGCUCUUCCUGCAGUAUGGAGAUGAGACACGCCGGGUUCACAUCACCCACGAGCUGAGCAGCAUGGACACGCUGCACGCUCUCAUCGUGCACAUGUUCCCUCAGAAGUUGACGGCUGGAAUGCUGAAGUCACCCAACACGGCGAUCCUAAUCAAAGACGAGGCCCGAAACGUCUUCUAUGAGCUGGAGGAUGUCCGGGAUAUUCAGGACCGUAGCAUCAUCAAGAUUUACCGCAAAGAACCCAUCUAUGCUUCUUACCCUGCAGCUGCACACCUGGCUAAUGGAGACCUGCGGAGAGAAAUGGUUUACUCAUCUCGGGAAUCUUCCCCAACGCGCCGCCUCAACACUCUUCCUUCCUCUUCGACCUCAGCACCCUCUGGCUCUCCGUCCCGCUCUCGCCUCUCGUACAGCGGGGGUCGUACUCCCUCCUUCUCUGGAAACCAUCCUCAACAUGAGCAGCCCAGACAUCCCCACCAUCCUCCAGGUGGCCAUGGUGCCAACAUGGGUCUGUCUCCAUCACCAAGUGCCAUCUUGGAGCGCCGUGAUGUCAAGCCAGAUGAAGAAGUUUCUGCAAAAAAGCUGGCUCUCAUGAAAAAUGAAGCGCUUUAUGCUGAUCCCUACAGUUUGAUGAACGAGGGUCGCCUCAGCAUUGCCUCCACCCAGUCUUUGGCUGCCAUUGGAGACCCUUUCAGCUACCCUGUUACCACUGGCCUCUACCGGCGAGGGUCUGUGCGCUCUCUUAGCACCUACUCUGCUGCUGCUCUUCAGGGAGACCUGGAGGACUCAUUCUAUAAGCCUGGAGGUUCACUAUACUCGGAUGCGUACUCCUCUGCAACCCUGGGAAUGGGUUUCCGCAUGCCGCCCUCGUCCCCACAAAAAAUUCCUGACAUGCAGCUGAGGGACAGGGACUCGUAUUCCACUUCACCACGACCCUCGCCUGUCAGGCAGACUUUCCGGAAAGACUCUGCCUCCUCUGUGUUUGUGGAGAGCCCAAAGUCGAGGCCCAGCUCCAGUUCAGAGCCUGGUUUUGGUCCUUCUUUAUCUGGACAAGACCCAGACUCAAGCAGGGACCACCGCCUGGAGCGUAUGGAGGCCAUGGAGAAGCAAAUAGCCAGCCUGACUGGCCUCGUGCAGAGUGUACUGACCAGGGCACCAGACAGCGACAGCACAUGCGGCCUACUGCGUCUCUGCAUGAUGGCGGGCUGCCCUCCGGACCAAGGCACGGAGUUUUCACGGCCAUUACCUUUCUCUUCCAGCGAGAAGACCGAAACUAACAGUGACGGCUCCGCCACUGGAACUGGACGUCAGAAGAAGAAAGCAGCCAAUACACCAUCAGCACCUUUAGCCUUGAUGCCACCACCACCAUCUAACACAACCCUGGUGAACGGUGUGGGUCGCCUGCAGAUGAAACUCCAUCUGCACGGUCUGCAGCAAAAUGCCACCGACCUCCGCAAACAGCUCGGUCAGCUUCGCAAGAUGCAGAUGGAGAACCAAGAUUCAGUGCGAACUCUGCUGAAACGGACAGAGGCUGAGCUGAACGUUCGCGUAGCAGAUGCCCUGCGGAAGCAGGAAGAUCCUUUGCAGAGACAACGCCUCCUUGUGGAGGAGGAAAGACUCAAGUACCUCAAUGAAGAAGAACUCAUCAUCCAGCAGCUCCAUGACCUGGAGAAAUCAGUGGAGGAGAUCCAGAAGGAGUCGUCUGUCAACCACAAGCUGGUGACAGUGCAGGAGCUGGAGGAGAAAGCUACAGUUCUGAGAAAGCUGGGAGAAACACUUACAGAGUUGAAAAAUCAAUUCCCGAGCCUGCAGAGCAAGAUGCGGGUGGUGCUGCGGGUGGAGGUAGAAGCUGUGAAAUUCCUCAAAGAAGAACCGCACAGACUAGAUGCCCUGUUAAAACGCUGCAAGACUAUAACUGACACCCUCGCCACAAUGCGCAAGCAAGCAAAUGAAGGGGUUUGGAAAAAGCAGGACAACUUUUCUAGCUCCUCAUCAAAGCACAAUGAUGACUUGCAAAAAUUUUCUAGUUUUGACAUUCCUACCAGUCCACCACUAACUAUCAAUGACAUCGGAGGAGGUAACAGCUUGUCUAACUGGAGCCCUCACUCAAGCCUCAGCCGUGGUCUCGGAAACCCGUCCGGUCCUCAUAAGGAUAAUCAUCCUCCUAUUCCUCACAAAGGCAAAGCCCUAGAGGAGUUGGAACGGCGGGCUGCCGCUGACAAAGCUUUAUCAAUGGAAGUCCGACUGGCGGCAGAGCGGGACUGGGAGGAGAAGCGGGCCAGUCUUACACAGUACAGUGCUCAGGACAUCAACCGCCUGCUGGAGGAGACCCAGGCUGAGCUGAUGAAGGCUAUUCCAGACCUGGACUUUGCUGCCAAGCAGAUCAAGCCCUCUUCCAACACACCAUCAGUCCAGAACCCUCAGAGUGCAGCGUCAACAACAGAGCACCGCAGUAGCAAGCCACAAAACAAGCUUUCAGCAAAAGAGGGGGGUUCCAGGCGUGGCUCUGAUGAGCUGACAGUACCACGAUAUCGCACAGAAAAACCGUCCAAGUCUCCUCCUCCUCCUCCACCUAGACGUAGUUUUCCCUCAUCUCCAGGAGUGACAUCUCGUAGUGGAGAGCCAUUAAUUCCUGGAAAAAGCAUAAAGAAAUCAGAAUCUGAAGAGAAUGACACUCAAAAGCCUCACAUAAAACUGAGGAGGACCAUGUCAGAAAACCCUCGCCCUGCAUCGACUCCCCCAACGCUUGCCUCUGGAGAGAAGGAACAAGGAGAGGAAGAAAAGAUUGCUGCCGAACUUGAGCUGUUUGAGAGAGCCCCAGUUAGGCUCACUCGCCCUACUUCACUUUUCCUCCCCGUUAGUACACACAUCAGGAAAAACACUUCACCCUCCAGGCUAGAUGUGUCUCCUCUUGAGGCCUUUGAGGGAAGGAACUUAUCUCCAGUCCCCCACAUCGUGUUGACAGAAUGUUUGCCAGACUCAAUUACUGCUGCAGAAAAUUCUGUCAGAGAUUUAGCAAAUUACCCUGUACAAGACAAUCCAGCACACAAUUUGUGCAAUCAACAUAUGGUCCACAAGAAUGUGUUUUCAAGGGAAAUACCUUCAGAAGGAAGGAAAUGUGUUCUCAAACAAGACCAAGAAAUCUCCCUGCUUCUGACAGACAUGGAGAUGAGAUGGGUGUCUCCUCACGAAGUUCAAGAACUGAAGAGUAUAGACCUUAAAACUCUAACUAUUUCAGCGCAGAAUAAAGACAUUUCUGAAGCACAGCUGAAUGAACGGCCUAUUCUUAUAAUUUUCAGGGAGGGAAAUACACUGAAAGACACAUACAGACUGCUGUAUUCCCUUCUAGAGUCAUCCAAUCCAAUUCCUAAACCAAGAUUACGAUCCUUCCAACUCACCCAGCAACAAUCCCUAAUGGAGGCUCUAAGAAGAGGGAUUGAAACAGGGGACGACGUGCUAACGUUUCAGCAUGCUGAUGACGUUAGAAUACAGCAAAGUAAUUGUGAUUCUAAAAGUAGCUCAUCAAGUCAGAGGAGGAUGACACAGGAGGUCCGACUUAGCACCUACCAGAGGAUGGACAGUUUGGAGGAGACAAUUAGAGAGCUGGAGAACACCUUAAUAGAGAUCGGUAGCCAUCCUACGAGAGAGACACUCUACACUGAGUCAGCCACCAGAAGUAUUCCAGCACAGCGCACUGGGAGUCUGAUGUCAGAGACCAGGAGGCCACCAGUUCCACCCAAACCAGCAUCAUUUCAGGGUGGGAAUAAUACCAGCAUUGGGAAAAUUCAUUCCUCAGCUGCCUCAAAGCUGAAGCACCUGCAGCAAAAUAGCACAGAGAAGACUAAAAGUGGCAAGAAAGAGGACUUACAGAAGAUGCAGAGCCUGCAACAGCAGUGAGCGACCUGUCCCCUCGUACAGCCUCUUCAGUCUCCUCCUCCUUUUCACGUGACUACAGAGAUGCACACUUAUCUGCCCACUUUACUUAACCAGCUCCUUUUACAUCACAAGUAUUCAGUCCAAGUUGUGCUUCUAGACGGGUGUGAGUGUGUGUUUGCGUGUGCACGCAUGCUGGCGGGCACAGGUGUGUUUGAAUGCCCUGGUGAAGGAAGUUUCUUCGGGGAACACUGCCCAGCCACAACCAAUUUUAGGACUUUUUAAAUUUUUCAUAAUUUCCCACUUCAACCCCCUGAAAACCUCAUCUCUCUGCGCUCCUCCUCCGCCCUCUCCUGUCUUCUGUGUCCCUGCUCUACUCCAAGGCCUUGGGGAUCAACCGCGCUGGAACCACUGAACCAUACCUGUCUGGACUGAAAGCAAGCAUGUUUUUAGGCCGAAUGCCUACUCCUGCAGCAGCUUUUGCACCUGGUUUGAGAAUGCCCCCCCAUGAGGGGACUAUGCCCUCCCUGACAGUCUCCUCCAGCCAAGCAAAGGCCCUCCUAGCAAGUCUGUCAGCCUCUGGCCUCUGCACCGAGGCCCUGCUCCUGUCCUCCGCUCUACGUCAACGCCGCCUUCUUCGGGACCAGAGAGCAUCAUCUUCUCUUCCCAGCAGCCUGUCCUCCACCCCUACAUCCUCCUGUUCUCCCACAACCCCUACUCCAUCCCUGUCUCCUUCCUCUCCCACACCUCUUGGUUCCUUUACCUUCUCCUCUGGGGUUGUCAAACCCACCAGACGGAGACUUGAUAGCUCCCAACAACUCAGCAACAGCAAGGAUGGUGACAACUCUUAGUAAUGAGUAAUAGUAGGAGGAGGACAUGGAAGAAUAUAAUUCUAAAAUUAUCUUGUCACUGAGCAAGAAUAGAUGCAUUUUUUUACACAUAUUUCCUUUCAGGAUUCUGUAGAUGCAUAUUUUCUUCAUUUUUUUUCUUACUAAUGUUGAAUACACCAGACUCUGGAUGCUUCAUGAUCUCACUCCUUUUUCUUUUUUGGACAAGUUUCCUUCUCUUGUCUGGCUGCAUGGUCUCCCACACAGUCCUUUUGCCAGAUUCCCAAACAGAGUGCACACAAACAGGCCAGGCCUCGCUUUUCCACCAGCUGUCUGCUACAAGGUUGGUGUGGUUGGACGUGUUCUCAUUUAGUGGGCUGUUCGUGGUAUAUUUCCCAUAACUAGACUGUGUGUAUGAAAAUAGAGUCGCAAUAAUCACCAAGUGAGUCCAGUAGUUAUAUAUGUUUAGGAUAAUGUUGCUCUUUCUUACCUGCAUAACCUUGCAGAAUAAAUCUGCUGAGAAAAUAAGAAAAAAGACAGAUGUGAUGAAUGUGGUUUUGAACUGUUUGGUGCAAAAAGGGCAUUCUUUUCUUUUCUUGCAUCAACCAAGUUUUAGAUUUUAAAUCGGUGCUAUAUUUUCCCCUCUGUUAGUACUCACUGAGUUUACAUAAUUGUUCUCCCUCCUCUGCACAUUCCUUUGGGUUUCUAAUUUCUUGUUGCAGUAGAAAUUUUGUACGUAUCUCUGCAAAUGAAACUCAUGCAUCUAUCGUUGUUAACAUUUCUAGCCUUUUUAAUCUGUUGGGAACAAGAAUAUUGCAGCAUUAUUCACAAAAGCACACUGUAAUGAGCAGCCAUGAAUCUUCACAUUUCUGUUUGAUAUAAAGCAUGGAAACAAAGUUACACUGAAAGAAGGGGAAAUGCAAAGGAGGGUCUACAUAACCAGUGUGGAUUAACUGUGUGUGAUGUAACUAGUUAAUUGACAAUCAGGAUGUUUCCACUGUAGCAUCUCACAGGUUGCCCAUUCCAAAGACUCAAGCACGCACUUGUAAAGCAAAGCUGUACAGCACAGACACAGUGUGUGUAAUAGUUUUAUUUCAUUUUGUUAAUCUUAUACAAUAAUAUAUUCUAUGCUGCCCCUUGGAUGAAAUUGAUCACAGUGAUCAGAACUUUUCACCCAUAUAAAUUAGUUUCCCAUUGAUAUAGUUGCUUCAGGAUUAUCUGCUAAAUAGCACCCAGAUUUUAUCAUACAUUAGUUUGUACUUUAUCUUUGACUACGAAGAAGUGAUAGCACUUCAUUACUGUUUGAAAUGUAUUUUAAAAAAUACUUUUAAUCAGCACAUGUUUAGAAAUUAUGUAUUUCUUGGGGCUUGUGAGGAAGUCAGAGAAGAUUAUGAAAAUGUAAAGAAAGCACAGUUUAUUCUCAAAACACAAGAUCCCUCUUUGUCAGCUUAGUAAUCAAAUAUGUUAGGAGGCUUUAAAAUGUUAAUUUACUAAAACUGAGUGAAAUAGGAACAAUAUAACUUUACAAUUAUUUUCUUUCAUAAAAUAUGAAUGCCAGAGUCUUUCAAACUAGCAUUUAGUCGCAAAAACGGACUGGAGAACCUUCAGCGAAGAACAUCGAUCUAGUGUACAUGUUGUUGUAAACUGGUGUGAAGGUAUUAUUGAUGUUAAACAAUAUACAGAUGCAUCACAAUAAGUAAAACUCAUAUAGGAACAUUACAGAAAGUAAAAUGUAUCUGGCGAUUAUUUCUGUUAAUUUUUUUAAUUGUGGCUUAUAGCAAUAAAAAUCCCAAAAUUCUCAAUUUUAGACAAUAGGAAUAAAACACAAGACAAAGAACAGAGUCAGUCAGAGUUAGUUUUAAGAGAACUUUGAAGCAAAUCCCUUUUAAGUGUUUUAUGGAAAUUCACUUGGUGGAGUGGACUUCACUGGAGUCUUUAGUCAAGUUAAUCCGGAACUGCAGACAUGAUCUUCUUCUUAGGAAAAAAAUAACCUUGCUGUUGUUCGGCUGGCCAAUGUCCCGCUUCACAUGAAAGUCUGCUGGUAUUGGUCCAUUGUGUAGUUAUCAAGGCAAAGGCAGCACAGCCAUCGUCUGUAUCACAGCAUUGAAAGAGUGAAUUGAAUUUUGGGUUUAUUAUUAGUUGCAAACCAUACUAAGAUUAACAGAACUACCCACUUCAAUACCCCGUUUUUAAAUAAAUCUUUAUGAGUUUCACUUUUUAAACUGAAUUACUGAAAUUUAUUUACAUUUACACAAUAUUGUUAUCACAGAGAUGUGCCUGUAUUAAAAUGUUUUUGGAUGUCUGCAAGUUGAUGCUAAAUUUUAGAAUCAUGCUUAUGAAGGAAGACUUGGUGCUAAAUUGGUUUGUUGCCAUCAGACAGAAAUUUUUGUUUAGUUGUUGCAGUAAUAAUAAAUUAUUAUUGCCUUUUAUCCUUACUAAGGCAGGUAAGACAGGUAUUUCUCGAAUAACCUGAAUUAGUUGCAAAAAUCUCUACUUACUUCAAUAUAGCUAAUGUCUUUUUUUACUUUUAAAGCUCAAAUCACGAUGACAAAAUUAUUUGUAAAUACAAUAAUUAUGGUAAUUUCCUUUUUUUUAUCUCAAAUUUUUUUGGGAACCAGGGUUUAAGUUUCACUUUAAGAACUGCAUUAACUGUAAUGAGCACAAAUCUAUAAAUUGCACAUUUCAUCAGUCUAGAUUUGACUUUCACUAUUUUGGGUGGCUGGUGUUUUUCUGGCUGCUGUUUAUUUACAUCAAAUCACAGUGGGGGAGUUUUUCUAACGUAGAUCCAUCAUAAUGAACAAUCCAUGGCCACAGAAUCUCUGUGUUUGCCUGGAAGCUGCCUUGCUGUUUGUUGUCAAGGUUAAACGGACAGUUGCUGUUUUCCAGAAUGGCUCAAAGAAACUGAUCCACUUGGGCAUCGAGAUUAACACAUGUGCAAAGGCGGCUCGUGUCAGAGAGUAGGCUGCGUGAGGAGCGAGGAUUAGUUUGAGGACAUGAGUUUGAAGGCUACUUUAAUAAGGCCAGCUUUGACUCGCCCCGUCUCCAUGGAGAGCGCUGGAGUGAAAGAAUGAGUGUCAGUCGGAGACAGUAUUCGGCUGCUUGUUCCCCCUUGCUCUCAGUUUGCGUUCUUUUUUGUGUGCGGUCUGUUGAAAUAGUUUAGCUUCAGAUUAAGAUGGUAUGAUUUCUGAUGGGGUUCAGUUCUAAGCAAGAUGUGCAAUAUGUAUUCCUCUUUGCCUUUGUCAUUUAUGCCUGUUUUUCUCUAAGGACCUGUAAUAUUUUUUCCUGGUGCCUGAAUGACCUUGCAAGCAGCACUGACAGAAUAACACUUUUACCCAAAUAAGAGCUUCAGAAACCUGGCUUGGUUCCUGUUUUUAUGUUUUGUUUUGUUUU